UUUUUUGCCAUUUAUGAAUGCGUUAUUCAAUGCGUUUCUAUGGGAUAUAGUAGUAGGCCAAAUUAAAUAAAUACUGUAUAUUGUUUUAUACCUAAAGGGGUACUAAAAUUCACAAUCAAAUAACUAAAUGAUCCAUGGCAUGACCAUCUUAAAACAAUUAAAUAUUAGCUUAGUACCCCCCCUAGGCUUUUAGAGGUUAAACUGAUCAAACCCAAACCGGAUGAACAUACCCCCAACCUCUGUCAGAAGCUUACUCUUCAGUCUGAACUGACGUCUAAUUGGAUGGGUAGAACAGGGCUGCCCAAUCCUGAUCCUGGAGGUGCCGAAACACUUCUGGUUUUCAUCCUCUCCUUCUAAUAAGGGACUAAUUCAGACCUGGGACACCAGGUGAGUGAAAUUAACUACCAGGUAGAAACAAAAACCAGAAGUGUUUCGGCCCUCCAAGACCAGAAUUGGGCAGCCCUGGUCUAGAAAGUAACCUGGUUGUAAUCAGGUGAUAUGAUGUCUUCUGAACCAGAACACCACUUUACUACCAGAAGAUGAUGUCAUUAUGACGCUGGGCAGAAUAGCCAUUACAUCAACUCCCAUUCAUUGAACUGUUUGCACACGCCUCAGUUAAGAUUGUGCCACUCUACUCCCACACUCUGCUUACAUUCCAGUAUUAUCUUUCAGUGGAAGAAAACAAUAUCAUUAACCUGCAGCCAAAGAGGAAGUGGAGAAUAAAAUUCACUUUCCCUGGCAGAGCACGCACAUACACAAAGAGCAUACCAACAGUCCCUCAACAACCUAAUAACCCCCCUUGCACACCCACAGCUCCCCCCACCUGCCAAUACUUUCCAUGACAUUGUUUUCACCAGUUGGGAAACUACAGCCAGCACCCUACUUAAGGAGCUCCAACUCUCAGUCAGAAACACACUCUCUCUCAACUCCUCUAUUGAAAAACUCUCCCUCUCUCACUCCCUUUCUCUGUGUCUCUGUGGGACCCAUCUGAAGAUCAGGAUGCUAUGCUGUAGAGUGUUUAUCCUGGCUUUGCUGUUCUCUCUCCUCAUCAUCACCCUCAUUCCCACCACACAAUCAGCGGACUGUUGUCUGAAGUACACUCAGCGUCCGUUGCACUGCCGAUGGCUGAAAGGCUACACCUUCCAGGACAUGACUUCCUCAUGUGACCUCAACGCUGUCAUCUUCCACAAUCGAAGGAAUAAGUUUGUGUGUGCCGACCCCUCUCAAGACUGGACCAAGAGGGCACUACGCUGUCUGCGCAAGCGUCAGGAGAAAAAAUCCCAACUGAAGAAAAGUGUCUGAACACAUGAUGACGUGGAGAAGGCUGGGAUUUUCUCUGGAGAGAUGUACAGCUCUAUCUUUCAUUAUAGAACACCAUUUAAUAUAUUAUUGAUAUGCUAUUAUAUCUUUACUGAGACAAACAGCAAUAUAUCUCAAUAUACAGAGAGAUUCGUGAAGGUUAAGAGGUUUUUAACCUGAGAAGUCUGUAUUCAUACAAAUCAUUUAUUGUAAGUGAUUAUUUUUCAUAAUAUCUGUGAUUCUGAGGUAGUUUGAGUUUAAUCUCAGUUUGUGUAUAAUAACUGUAUUUAUCAUCGUUGUUGGUCUGUUUUAUAAACAGCAAGUGUAGUAUUUAUGAUAUGCAUGUAGAAACAUUAAAACAUAGAUUUCACACAGAGUACCACAAAAUAUUUUUUUGUUGAUGUUUCAUAUCCUCUCUCCAAUUGGAGCCAGAGAAAACCUUUUUUACUUUGUAUUUCCAAAGUGUCCAAAUCUCUGUAUGAGUUUUACUCAAGUGUACUUACUGUAAGCUCAGAGCUAUGAAAUAGAUAAUAAAAUAUGUAUUUAAAAA